GGUAAAUAUUUUCUUAACUCUUUUUGAACUGCACUGUUGGAUAAGGGCUUGUAAGUAAGCAUURCACGGUAAGGUCAACGCUUGUUGUAAUCGGCGCAUGUGACAAAGUUUGAUUUGAUAUUUGAUUUGAGAAAAUAUGUUGAAAUUGAAAGAUAAGCUUUUAUAUCAUAUGGUAAAAUUGUUAACUCGUGCAUCUCCAAAUAAAAACUUUCAGGAUGUGAUAUGUAAAUACAGUAUUACCACAGAACGACGAGAGAGAAUUCACUGGAUUUAUAAAUAUGAAGCAUCCGCUUGGCGUUUCCACUUCACUACCGAAUUUGGUAGUGGACAGGAAGCCCAGCGGCCGGCCAGUGGGAGAAGAUGGGGAAAAUAUGGAUUUUGGCCUACAUUCUGCACACAUUCUGCACYUAUUCUCAUUGAUGAAACAUUUGCUCUCAAUACAGUUUUCUAUUCCCAAAGAUGUAAUCUGUUAUGAACAGAGUGGACUACAUUUAGUAGAUUUUACACUUUGCCAGAGUAAAAAAAUAAAUAAUAUCUGUUUAAUAGGAGCACAAAGGCGAAUUGAGUUAUUGCACAAGUGUACUUCACAUAGUAGCCGUUUCCUACCGGAAAUAUGCAGAUGUCUGCUAGAACGAGCCAAUAGGACCUCGCUAGCUCGUGCUUGGCUCUGCCCACCUCUUUGCUUGUUCUACCCACCAUGAUGCAUCUGUUCCCAUUGGAAACGGCAGGCUGUGGUCUAUUUUGGUUUAGUUAAACACAUCUUUGGUAUUGCAUGAUGUCUCUUUAAAGAAACACUCCCCUCCCAGAUGUCAUGAUGUCCUCAUCCACGUCACGUCCCCAUGCUAUCACACAUCUGUAGUACCUCAACACAAUGAUCAACUUCAUUUAUUAUAAUGGGGGAUGUGCAUUUUUCUCAACAAAUGCUCAGAAAGUUUGUGUUGUGUAACCUGUUUAUAUGGUAGGCCGCAGUCUUUGGUAUAUUGUCGAGCAUGCAUUUUUACUGUCUUGCCGGAAAGACUGGUUUGGRGGAAAGACACAUUUUUAUCUCGUGCACGUUACGAUAAGAUGCAUGGUACUUGUGUAAUACUUGUAUGGCUUGUCGCUUCAUUGAUGAAACUCGGUUUUGUAUGUCAGCUCCCGGAAAAUGUGUUGGUCUCGCCUCAUGAGUAAAUGUGGUUUCUCCUUUGCCUGACAGGUGUAGCAUAUCAAGAAACUGAUUAAACAGCAUGAUCAUUACACAGGUGGACCCAAUCUUAAUUGACUACUGUCCAUGACAUCACCAGGCUGCAGUAUAUCAUAGCAUUGCUAGAUGACCAUAUUACUUUUGAGUGGUGAUGCCUAUAGAAAUAAGAAAAUUAACCAACUUUUCUAAUCAUCAGGGUGAUUUCCUACAGUUUGAUCAGUUUAAAGAAAGAGUAGCGCUCAGACACACAAACAUACAAGACGAAGAGAAACGUGGGGGUGUCUGCGAUGGCAGGCGGACGGAGAGGGGUCAACCGCACUGCUUACUGCAGGUCUCCAAUAAACAGUGAGCCAGGCUCGGUCAGCAAUGGCAACCACUCUACCAGCUCCCCAGUCACAGGGGUUUGCUCUCGGACAAGGAAUGGCUCGGGUACGAGCCUAUCCAGUCCCCCGUUGGCAGCCCAGACCGUGGUUCCUAUGAAGCACUAUCUACAAGACUGUGUGGUGGUACCCCCACUCACACCCUCCCUCACACCUCGCUGGUUCGGGAUGUACAUUCCCCUGUUCCGGUUUAACUGCUACUUCUGCCGGGUGGGGCCACUCUCGCCCAUCACUCGCAUUGGGUCGAAGGAGCUGGGCAGCGUGGGGAGCGGGCGUGACUACAUAACAGCUCUGAAGGAGACGUGGAAGCAGCACACCAGCCAGCUGUACGGGCUCCAGGCCAUGCCCACACACGCCUGCUGCCUCUCCCCAGACCUCAUCCGCAAAGAGGUGGAGUACCUGAAGAUGGACUUCAACUGGAGGAUGAAGGAGGUGCUGGUCAGCUCCAUGCUCAGUGUCUACUACGUGGCCUUCAUACCUGCAUGGUUUGUUAAGAGCACACAGUACGUGGCCAAGUGUUGGUCCUGUGAGCUCUUCAUCCUGUUGUCUGUCAGUACCUCAGUCAUCCUCAUGAGGCACCUGCUGCCCCCACGAUACUGUGACCUGCUCCAUAAGGCCGCAGCACAUAUGGACGGAAGAGUACAUGUGGCCCCAGGGUGUCCUGGUCAAACACAAUAAGAAUGUUUACAAGGCCAUAGGGCACUACAAUGUGGCUGUCCCCUCAGACGUCUCCCACUAUCGCUUCUAUUUUUUCUUCAACAAGCACUUACGAAUAUUGAACAUCCUCAUCAUCUUGGAAGGUGCGAUGAUAUUCUACCAGCUCUACUUCUUGAUAUGC